AUGGAAACGCGGUACACUGACGCUCAAUUUCGUAGUGAAAACAGCAGUACGACAGUUCUGCUUGAGCAGGCCACGUGCUCGAUCAAACAGCACUGCUACAAGGUUAUGGCUACUGAAGCAACACGUGGCUUUGAUGAGGUGUUUGUAGAACCACUCAGUGAGAAGAUGGAAUUGGAAGCAUCAAAUAUUUUCCUUAACAAUGCAAUGAAGAGAGAAUUACUGCACUUGACUAUCAAAUGUUGUUUACAUGAGAAAGGAUAUGCGUGGACUGGUGAACUAAGAAAUGGUGAGAUGCAUGACAGAGAAUGUCAGUAUAUAGAUGUUGUGUGUGAGAAUGAAUGUGGGCAAUUAAUAAUGAGAAAAGACAAGGAGGAUCAUAUGGCAAAUCAUUGUCUUCACCGAAUGGUCUCUUGUCAGCUUUGUGACCUCAAUAUAAAGCAACUAGAAAUAGAUGAUCAUUACAAAGAAUGUGACAAGUACCCUAUAGACUGUACAUACAAGUGUGGCAUGAUGGUUCAGAGAUGUAAAAUGGAAGAUUAUAUUGGCAGCCGGGGAACAUGUCCAAACAGUCUUCUUGGUUGUGAUUUCAAGGACAGUGGCUGUCAGUUUAGGGGAAAUCGUUGUGAUUUAUGCAAACAUAUUGAAAACAACAUUGGUUUGCAUUUUAGUUUGAUUGCAAGUGCACUGAGAGUAAAAAACGAGAAAUCAGCUGCUAGUGAACACCAAUUGAAACAGGAACUGAAUAACACAAAGGAAGAACUAAGUGCUACUAGAGAUGAAAUGGCAGAAACUAGAGGUGAAUUGGCAGAAACUGGAGAUGAAUUGGCAGAAACUAGAGAUGAAUCGGCAGAAACCAGAAACGAAUUGGCAAAAACUAAGGAUGAGCUGGAGGAAACUAGAGGUGAUUUUGACAGGACAGUGAGUUGGCCAUUUCCUUAUUCAUUUGCUAUUGAACUUGUAGACCAACAAGUUGGAGGAGAGAAUAUUUUCUACCAAGUAUCACCACCAUAUGAAAGAGCACUACAGUCUUCUAAAUCUAAACGAGGACGUGGUUUUUCAAGAUUUGUUACUCACCACACAUUGAGGUCACGUUGUUACAUCAAAGAUGAUUCAAUUCGUGUAAAACUGCAUGUCUAUGUCAAGAAUGAGGAGGAUGACUGA